GUCUCAAUCCGUACUGAGGUAACACGGAUGCGGACAUGCACUAUAACUUGUACGAAUUGCGUUUUAAGUAAAAUAUUUUAGAAACCGGAUAUAAUUGCAUAUCUUCCGCCUCAUAUCAUAGAUUAAAUUAUUGUCCACAUCAACCGGUAACAGAUAGACAAAUGCAAACAAUUACGGAUACGUUGGAUCCCUGAAAUAUGGAACAGCUACUUUUAUUUGUAUGUUUCUACAUAAAUUUAGUUACAGGAAUACCGAAUUGUGAAGUUAUCCUAUCAGCAUCAACGACGGAUCUUAUCGACGAGGAACAACCUCUUACUCUCACCUGUUUCAUUACGCUUAAUGUUGAUCAGAUUGAAUGGACAAUUGACGGUUAUACAGUAACUUUGAAUGAAACUCAAUGUGGAAACACAUGCAUGUUUAAUAUUCCCGGAUUGGACGUUGAUCAUAACUUUAUAUUUAAUUCGAUUAACACAAUAACCAUGAGUUAUUUCAACAUUGCUAGUGUACCACUGUCCAUUAACGGAACGGUUGUAUCAUGUGCGGCAAAGUCAAGCAUUUGUCCUAGUUCCAGUCAAAAUUACACGUUUAUGGUCAGAAAAAAAGUAAAUGAUACGACAGUUAAACAUACCUCGAAAGCGACAGUGCAAACUUCAACGUUUCUGAACCAAGGAACCAUACUAUAUCCCAACAAAACAAGCAGUGGCUCAACUAUGUUACCACAUAUCAAACUGUCAACUGCUACUUCAAAGCUCCCUAAAACUUUAGAACUCUUAAGUUUGUCUACACAAGCAAGUGAUGUAAAGACUGGUGCUAUUGUAAAAGAAACCACCACUGAAUAUAUAGAAACAGAUAAUAAUAAAACUACACUUUCUAAAGAUUUAACAACAAAUCAUACAUCGAAAAAUUAUACUCAUCCAACAUCAUAUCACACAGUCUACAGUACUGUUAAAGCGAAAAUAACCGAUGAUGUAAAUGUAUUAAGAGAUAUUUCAAUUUCAACUUCACAAGUUGCCUAUGAAGAGAUAACCACACGCGUAGUUGGCACCAUGUCUCUUGAAAAUCAUACAGCUACGUCUCCAUGGUCUCAUGAAGAAAAUAAAGCUGUGUAUACAACUGCAGAAGCAUUGAAAUCGUUGCCGGAUACUGUUAUGAUAACAGAUAAUACUGAAAAAUUUGUAAACAGCAAAGGCUCUCGUGAUACAACAAUGGAAACAACUACAAUUCAACCAACAACACAUGAAACUACAUACAGUACUACACAUGUGAAAACAACCGAUGGAAUGUAUGCGUUGACGAAUCUCUCAAUGUCAAUUUCACAAGCUGCCUAUGAAGAUAGAACCACUACCGUCAUGAGCCGCCCGUCUCGCCGAAAGCAUGAGACGACGACUUAUGAAGAUAUUGCUGCCGUUACAAACGAAUUUGCUACAAACGCUAUCACAAAUACCAUGCAUUUAAUUGGCUCCACAAUAAAUUCAACAGCAUCAACCAGAAAUGACACUAAUACAAAACAAAUAUUCAACUCAUAUCUCACAACAUUAAAUAUUACAAAAAGCACCUUGUAUUACUCCUCGGAUUUAUUGACAAAUACAGCUGGUCCAAAUGAUGGGACAUUUGCUACUGAUACACCUUUACGUAAAGAACAGGAGACAAAAAUUGACGAUGAUGUAACAACAAUAAACCAUAAAGUGGAUGCUUUUCACUCUAAAGCACCAAGUAGCACAGCAUCCGCGGACCAUUUUUCUCAAUCAAAAUCGUCCGAUUUUAUAUCCUCAACUAUCUCAAAUAUAAUUUCGGAUGCCGAUAUUUCUUAUGCAACUACAGAAGAGAUGAAAACAUUCCAAAACACAGUUCUACCAGAUACUUCCGAAACCUUAUCAAACGUCAAAAGGUCUUAUAAGACAAAAAUUAAAGAGACCACCGCUCAACCAACAAGACAUGAAACCACAAACAUUACCAUAAAUUUAGAAACAAACAAUAAUACACAUGCAUUUAAAAAUAACUCAUUGACAACUUCCCGCUUUGGCUUUAAAGAAACCACAACAAAAUAUUUAAGCCCAUCCGGCUUAGGUGGUGGAACAACGUAUAAUACUGCUGAUAUGACGAAGUCAAUAAAUGGAACAAUAAAGCACUUUAAUAAAAAUACAUCAGUUGAGAAAACAACACAACACAGAGAAAAAGAAGAUGAUAAUUACAAGAUAACUACCGGGCCUGACUUUCAAGUGAUAACAAGUUCAGAUCCGUCUAAUUCUUUACAAGAUUCAACAUCUUUUAAAUUAACAACUUCUACUGGCAUAAACAUUCAAAAUACAAAGGAACAAGCAAACGGAAAAACAGACCGCACAACAAAUUUGGCAAGGAAAGCUAGUAAAGUCUUUGCAACUGGUGUAUCAAAGGACUAUCACGUGUCGCAAUUUUCUGUAGUACCAUCUACGAGCGCAAAUCUUUCAGGCAACAAACAAGUGUUUUGCACAAAUAAUAUUGAUAGUAGAGGGACAGUAUGGAACGUCACCGUUGCAGGGACAACAGUUUCAUUUCCAUGUUCAAAUAUCGAUGCAGAACUUUCUGGCAACAUCUAUCGAGAGUGUAAAGCUAGUGGUACGUGGAUUAUACCUAAAUACGACUGUGUGCAUAAGGAUAUUAAGAAUUUGGAAGGCCUACUUGGGUCCAGCUCAACAGAUGCUAUGACAAAUACUAUCUUGGACACAUUGGCGACAUUAACAACACCAGGAGAGGGCAGUGGCAGUCUGUAUAGUGGUGACAUCGAAUCGAUAACCAAUGUGUUAGAAGAUAUUGCCAACAAUCAAAACUUAAAAGUUACGGAUGAUCAAGCUAAAACAUUUUUGACGACUGUGGGUAAUAUUCUAGAUUCAAGCACUAGGGAUGUAUGGAAAGAAAUUAAUCAAAACAAUCGGGACACAAAGGAAGCUUCCAGUGCAUUGAGACUCCUAAAUGUAUUUGAUACUUAUGUAGAUGCAUUUGCUAAUUCAUUGCCUGAGACAAGGGAUAACAAAACAUUUUCUGUUUCUAAUAUAUUACUUCAGGUUAGAAGAGUCAAUAACUUCACUAGUAUAGCAUUUCCAGAAGGUGAUAUUGGUGGAAAUGGACAGAAAUCAAAGAGCAGAUCAUCGUUGUCGAUUUCACAAGACUCACUAAAAGGCUCAACGAUAUUUGCAGCUGUUCUUUAUGAAAAUCUUCUUGGAAUAUUGCCUAUCAAAGCAUCAUUUGACAAAAGAGCAACACUUGAUUCUUCUGUUAUUACAGCAAAGCUGAAUAAUUGGAAAGCAAACACAAAUUUUAAAAUAACUAUUGUAUUUGAACGUUUAAAGAUAAAUAGUUCAAAGGCGAUAUGCAGUUUUCGAAAUGAAAAUAGUGUCCUGUGGGAGAAUGAGGGAUGUUACAUGGUGUCAUCAAAUUCCACAACGAUUGUUUGUGAAUGUAACCAUCUUACCAACUUUGCUAUUUUAAUGAGCCCCUGGACAGAGGAUAAUGUACAGGAUCCUGCUUUAGACUAUAUUACCAUAAUUUGCUGCUCCGUGUCUUCUUUAUGCUUGGUGCUCACGAUGGUCAUGCAUUUCAUAUUUUGGAGGCGUGUGAAGACAAAAAGAGUUAAGAUACUUAUGAAUCUGUGUGUAGCUCUGGUGAUUUCAUAUGUCACUUUCCUCGUUGGCGUAGAUAGAACAGAAGAUGAGAAGGGCUGUGCUGCAGUUGCAGCCUUGCUUCAUUAUAUCUACCUGGUCGUGUUUUCCUUUAUGUUGGCAGAGGGGAUAGAGAUUUUCUUUGCUCUCGUCUAUGUGUUUUCAAAUAAACACAAAACAAAAUGGAUAAUACCCGUUGCUUGGCUAUUACCAGCGGUUAUAGUUGGCAUUUCACUUGCAGUAACGAGGAUUCACGGCUAUGGGGACAAAAACAAGUGUUGGCUUUCAUUUGACAAAGGUUUAAUUUGGGCUUUUGUUGGACCCGCAACUGUCAUUAUUCUAAUCAACUGUGUUAUUUUGGGAUGCGCAAUGCGAGCAGUAUUUCGUGUACAGAUGGUUCGCAACCAACACAAGCUAGAUAAAGCAAAAACUGGAAUACGUUCUCUCUGUGUUCUUCUUCCACUCGUUGGGUGCACAUGGAUAAGUGGUAUUUUCUAUGUAAACAAAUCAAUGGCAUGGAUACAAUACAUAUUUGCUAUUUGUAAUGGGCUUCAGGGACUCGUUAUAUUUAUCUUCCAUUGCGCCCUGAAUAAACAGAUAAUGAAGGCAUUGGUAGCGGUUGUGAAUAGAAACAAUAAAAAGAAAGAAUGCUUGACAUUAAGGACAUCAAAUGAAGGCUUGUAUUCCAGACUGUCUAUCAAACGAGAUUCUAAGACAAGUCCUACGCCACAUUUAGAACUAUUUCCAAGUAGUUCUAAUAGCAUAGGGGGAUCUGAAGUUUCACUAGACUAUUCUGCCAAGAUAGACAACUUGCAAUAUGAAGAAUUGAACAAAAUACAGAUUGAAUCGGAACACGACUUACAAAUUGGCAGCCUAACCGAAAACCAGUGGUUUACACAUAUGUAACAUAAACUGAUACACAAAGAGUAUAAUACAAAAUAUGCCGACAUACAUUAACAAUUUUGGAAGAGACAGUUCAUUUUACGUUACACUAAAACCUCUUCUUUGUAUUCAUGGAGUUUUUUUUGUUAUGGAAGUAGUAAUGUGAUUGGAAAGGCUUUGUAACUGUCGAAAAUCAUUGUAUGAUGGGGAAUGACUGAAUAUAAUUAAAUAUAAUUCAAAUGAUGUAAUUUGUAUAAUUCUUAAUAUUUCGUUUCCAUUUAUAUAUUUGUAAAUAAACUAUUGUUUGCUACUAAAAUUCCAUUUUCAUUUCCUCAGUGAUUUAUUUUCCCUUUCGGUCCUGCACUGGAGAAUUAAAAUGGAAAAUGUGCAAAAGAUAAUAAAGAAAAUAUAUACUCAAAGUAAAAUUGUGUUUUUGUGCGAUUCAAACGUUUAAAUGCUUUUCAUUUUUGGUAAUUCUGGAUUAUUAGAUAAUAAAUCUAAACCAACGGUAGAUAGAUAGAUAGAUACUUUUUAUUCCUCCAAUAUUGAAGAGCAAAACAUAUUUACAAAACCGAACAAUAACAGAGCAUGGCAUAUGUACAAUAAAUUACAAAUCAUAACAUCUAAGCAAACAUCAUUUGUUAUACAAUUCUUUCAGAUCGAAUAAAUAUAUGGAGAUAUGCUGAUA